UAGUAUCGAAAGUGUGGCUUCCGAUCCGGUCGGUGCGGCAUUGUGGAGUGUCACAAGUUUUGCGUGUCCACUUAUCAGUGUGUACGGUGUUUAGAACUGUUUCGUAUUCGUGGCGGUUCGCGGUGAAGAGGAGCUUGAUAAGCAACACUCCCUCGGUAAUUAAGUGUAUUCGUUCGGUGUCUUUCAAAGUUUCUGGAGUGCUACUGCGGUAAAAUGGCAUCGACUGUGUUGCAAACUUUCGUUCGUAAGAUGUCCUCAUCGGCGGCGAAGGAGAUUAAACACGUAACAAUCAUCGGAGGCGGCCUGAUGGGAUCGGGAAUCGCUCAGGUCGCAGCCGCUUCAGGAUUCGAUGUCGCAUUGGUUGAAGUCAAUGAUCAAAUAGCUGCAAAGUCUUUGGACAGCAUUAAAAAAAGUUUAACUCGUGUUGCACGCAAGCAAUUUAAAGAGAAUGAAGACGCCCAACAGAAGUACAUUGAGGAGACCAUUCAACGAAUUGAUGGAACAUCUGAUCUUAGCAAAUCUGUUAAAGGAACAGAUUUGGUCAUAGAAGCUAUUGUUGAAAACAUGAAAAUUAAACAUGAAUUGUUCACCAAAAUCGAUAGUGCCGCCCCGCCACAUACAAUUUUCGCAAGUAACACAUCAUCGCUACCAAUCACUGAAAUAGCCUCCGUUACCAAGCGAAAAGAUCGCUUCGGUGGAUUGCACUUCUUCAAUCCAGUGCCUGUUAUGCGUCUCUUGGAAGUAAUCCGAAUCAAUGAGACUUCAGAUGAGACUUACAAAAAAAUGGUGGCAUUUGGUGAAGCCAUGGGGAAAACAUGUAUCACAUGCAAAGACACACCUGGAUUCGUUGUAAAUCGUCUUCUAGUACCUUACAUGGCUGAAGCAGUUCGUAUGUUGGAACGCGGAGAUGCUUCCGCUCGAGACAUCGAUACCGCUAUGAAAUUGGGAGCUGGCUAUCCAAUGGGACCGAUUGAAUUGUCAGAUUAUGUUGGACUGGAUACUACACAUCAUAUUUUGAAGGGAUGGAACGAGAAAUAUCCUAAUGAUCCUUUGUUCAAGCCAAUCAAACUUUUGGACAAGCUUGUUGAAGAGAAGAAGUUUGGAGUGAAAUCAGGCGAAGGUUUUUAUAAAUACAAUAAGAAAUAAAGCUGGAAAUUCACAGCGAACAUUGAACGUAGUCAAAAAGCAACACGCAUUUACCAACGCCACCCAUAAUCGUGCGCCCUAGGUGCCUUCGAGAUUGAUAUAUUUUUUUAAAACAUCUAUUUUUUUCCAUCUUAUAAAUAAAAAAAGUCAAUGUGAGAA